AGAGAGAUGUUUCUAAUGGAAUUCGUUUUCUCGAUUGCCAAACGGGGAAAGAUAAUGAGCUGCACAAUUCUCUCUCCCGACCCGUUAAUUCGGUUGUCAUCCACUCCCCGAUUUCGCGCUAAAAAUGGGUCGAAGAGUCCAGUGAUUACUGCUCGUCUUGACGAUUCUAAGAACUCGCCCAGUCGCCAACUCAAUCUCUCUGUUCUUCGCUUCACACUUGGGAUUCCUGGAUUGGAUGAGUCUUACUUACCCAGAUGGAUUGGUUAUGGAUUUGGUUCGCUUCUGCUUUUGAAUCACUUUGUUGGUUCGAGUUCAGCUGCUCCCAUCACCUCAGCACAGUUAAGAACUGAGGCUUUAGGCAUUUCCUUGGCUGCAUUUUCUAUUGCACUCCCCUACUUGGGAAAGUUUCUUGAGGGUGCAGUUCCAUCUGGCGAAGCUACCCUCCCUGAAGGUGCCGAGCAAAUAUUUGUCUUGUCACAAAGUGUAUCGGAUAAUGUGAAGGAUGACUUGGCUUGGGCAACAUACAUCUUGCUGCGCAAUACAAACAGUAUAUCAGUGUUAAUACAGAUUCAAGGGGAGUUAUGCGUUCGAGGAUACUGGAAUAGUCCAAAUGAUAUAUCAGGAGCAGAUUUACUUGCCUGGUUUGAGGAGCAGCUUCAGAGCAUUGGCCUAUCUGCAUUAAAUGAUGCCCUCUAUUUUCCUCAAAUUUCAGAAUCUGGACUUUGGCAAAUGCUGCCUAAGGGCACUCGCUCAGUUUUGGUACAGCCAGUGGCUCAAAAUCUAAACCAAAGUGGCAAUGAGAUGGAAAAGAUUGGAGGAUUCAUAUUGGUGGCUUCAAGUUUAAGUUAUGCAUUUAGUGAUAAAGAUAGAGCCUGGAUAAGAGCUCUUGCUACCAAGUUUGAUAAUGGGGACAUAUCGGGGGGAAGUCGAAAGGUCACUCCGUCCAAUGAACAACGGAGAUGAAGUUUCAGAUUGAGCUACUAGGAGAGAGCCUUCGAAGCCUUCUAAAAAUUUCUCCCAGCCGUAUACCAGAUUCUGCCAAAGUAGCACAGAAAGGCGAUAGUUUGACACAAUACAGGAUGAAGAUCAUUCAAGAAAAUUUGAGGUGCAUAUACUGACGUGUGUUUAGGUACCUUAAGACGCACCACCUUUCUAAUUGCCAAUAACAAGCCUGGUACUAGACAUUGCACAUUUGUAACAUCAUGUUUGAGAGUGUAAACCUGUGGUGCAAACCAUGAUACGUGUUGGGGAAGGAAAACACCUACCACUUUGAUUGCAGAUGUUAGGAACCACAAACCUCCACAAUGGUAUGAUAUUGUCCACUUUGAGCACAAGCUCUCAUGACUUUGCUUAUCAAGGAGAUGUAUUCCUUAGUUAUAAAUCCAUAAUCAUCUCCUUAAUUAGCCAACAUGAAACUCCCUCUCAACAACCAUUCUGGUUGUUGAAUGAGUGGCUUGCAACUUCCCUAAUGUUAGUUAGAUAAGAACAGAAACACGAGCUAGAACUUACCUCUCCAGAAGUAGACAUUGGUGCUGGAAGGAUGCUCUGGAAGAACUAGGCUGUACACUCGAACUCGAUCUUCUCCAACAUCUUGUCCCUUUGCCUUGCAGGAAAAAAGGAGAAAUAAGCAAGCGAGUCUUUUUCUAAAUGGGCUUCUGAGUUUGAUGUCUUAGUCAUCAACACGGUGAAUUUUCAUAAUCUCUUUACAAGUUAUAUUCAAAUUUUGUAGACAUAGUUUGAUCCUUAUUGGCUGAAUUCCUUUAAGUGAAGCACAUGAAUAAGAUAGCUAUACGAGGUGAAAGUAAAGAGAAUAAAAGCAGUUCUGGCCCAAGUUUGAGAGGUUGUUAGCUAUUUGAGAUGCAUCUGAAGAUGGCACAUCCUGUCACCAAAAAAGUCAGUAUUUAAUGCCCAUCUGCUACAUUUACUUCUCUCUUUCUCUCUCUCUCUCUUAACGUCCUAUGGUAUUUUUUUUAUUUUUUUUAGUACAGCUUCGUAUGGUAUUUUAUAAUACACUAAUGGAGAUUUGAAAGACUUGAAUCCAUGUACUUGAUUCAGAUGUUAAACUAAGCUAAUGUAGGUGAGAGAGAAGAGUGCAUGUUGAUUCAUCUAUAGUUUAAUGGCAAAGGUCACAGCCUUGUACGAACACAAUGAAAAUGGAAAAUCUCAACGUUGCAGUAAUGGGAGGAAGCUGAAAUUGCUACUCGCUGGAGAAGGAUAGAACCAAUGGACUGAGUUGGGUUGACAAGCCAACCCUCCUGUGACCAAAUCCAUUAAAGCAUUCACACACGAGAGAGUUUUGUUAAGAACCACGACCCUCCACAAUGGAACAUAAACCUCACUUCUCAUACCAAAUGAAGUUGCCUAAAUUGAAAAAAGAAACAAGGCAAAGAUGAAGAUUUGGGUCUCGAAUAUUUGCAGAGGAGAUAGAAGGGCCCAUCAGAGAAAAGAAAAAAAAAAGUUUGAUGUUUGCCAAAUGGGGAAGAAAGAUGAAGAUGCUACCUGCUUCACGUUCUCAUAUACUUUAGAAGAUCAGCAAAAACACAGUGAGGAGAGAAAUGAAACUGUGGGGUUUCAUUAAAAAAGAAAAGAGACCCAGGGCCGCCAUUGUUGUUGUUGAACAAAACAAUGAGAGUUAUUGCAGGUGAGUGUGGGGUUACCUUGAUAUUACUCUGAAGAGAAGCGAAUUCAAGAUG